GUCUGAGGCUACGGAGACAUCAAGGUGCCCUGUUGGAAAUAUGCCUCCUGGAUUUGUGGGAUUCAAAUUAUAUUUUGUGAUUUUAGCAGGAAAGCUCUUCCUGUACACCAGCACAGAGGAGCUGCCAGCUGAUCAUCUCCUCCAACCAGCCCUGCAGGAGUCCUCUGUGCUGAAGCCCACAGUGCUGAUCACCAUCCUCGCACGCAACUCACAACACAGCCUCCCUUACUUCUUAGGAUGCAUAGACCGAUUGGACUAUCCAAAGGACCGCAUUGCCAUCUGGGCUGCCUCUGACCACAGUGUGGACAACAGCACAGCCAUGCUUCAGCAGUGGCUCAGAGGAGUUCAACACCUGUACCACUCGGUGGAGUGGAGGCCUAUGGAGCAACCCGGCUCCUAUGCAGAUGAGCAGUCUCCCAAACACUGGCCCGACUCUCGGUUCACCCAUGUGAUGAAGUUAAAGCAGGCAGCACUCAGAACUGCCAGACGACUGUGGACUGACUACAUUCUGUUUGUGGACAGUGACAACUUGCUGACAAACCGCCAGGUGCUAUCUGACAUGAUAGCAGAGAAUCUGACAAUUGUGGCACCCAUGUUGGAAUCAAAAGGCCUUUAUUCCAACUUCUGGUGUGGCGUGACUCCUCAGGGCUACUACAGGCGAACCCCAGAGUAUAUUCCCAUCCGUAAAUGGAAGCAGCAGGGCUGCUUUGCAGCCCCCAUGGUGCACUCCACCUACCUGCUGGACCUGAGGCGCAGAGCUAGCCAAGCAUUGGCCUUCCACCCUCCUCACCCCCAAUACCCCUACCACUUGGAUGACAUCAUGGCCUUCGCUUUCUCUUCACGGCAAGCAGGGAUUCAGAUGUAUGUUUGCAACAAGGACCAUUAUGGAUAUUUACCAGUGCCCCUUAGACAAGACCAGACACUGGAAGAAGAAGAGGAGAGUUUUACCCACACACUGACAGAGGCACUCAUUGCCCACACCAUGGAGCCUUCACAGUAUAUGCACAUUGUGCCUAAAGAACCAGGAAAGAUGGGAUUUGAUGAGAUCUUUCUGAUCAAUCUGAAGCGCCGCUCAGAUCGGCGGGACAGGAUGUUGAGUUCUUUGGCUGUCCUUGGCAUUAACACUACACUGACAGAAGCCGUGGACGGCAAAGCCUUGAACUCCUCUCAGCUGCAGGCCAUGGGUAUAGACAUGCUGCCCGGGUACAGAGACCCAUAUUCAGAGCGCGUGCUGACUAGAGGGGAGAUUGGCUGCUUCCUCAGCCACCACAAGAUCUGGAAACAGGUGGUGCAGCAGGAACUGCAGCAGGUGCUUGUGAUGGAGGAUGAUGUGAGAUUUGAGCCCCGCUUUUGCAGCAGGCUGGUGACUAUCAUGGAGAAUGUACAAAGAGUGGGACUUGAAUGGGACCUCAUUUAUGUAGGCCGUAAGCGGCUGCAGGUGAAGGAGCCAGAGAAGUGGGUGAAGGGAGUCAGUAACCUUGUACACCCAGGCUACUCCUACUGGACCUUGGGUUAUGUCCUGUCACUGAAUGGGGCCCAGAAGCUCCUGCAGGCCAAACCCCUUAACAAAAUGCUGCCUGUUGAUGAGUUCCUACCUAUCAUGUUCAACAAGCACCCCAAAGACGAGUACAUGCAGUAUUACAAGCAGAGGGACCUGAGAGCGUUUUCAGUGGAGCCUCUACUGCUCUUCCCUACACACUACACUGGCGAGCCUGGCUACUUCAGCGACACAGAGACCUCCACCAUCUGGGACGACGAGGCCGUGGAAACGGACUGGGACCGAGACGGAGCCAAACACACGCGGGACCGGGAAACUGAGGAAGUAGGGUUGCGGCCUGUGGCUCCUCACUCAGCUCGCGGUGGCGUGCCUCGUCUCUCUGCCGGAAACAGAGAUGAACUCUGAGGGGGACUUAUGUCAUGUUACACACCAUGGCCAGUUUAACAUCCCCAGGGUGGCCCUGGGGCACACAUUAGCAACUGGGCCCCUAUUAAGCUUGAAUCCCCCCUCCCUCCCCUCCCCUCUCUGUGCAAUGUGUACAGUUUUUCCUAAGAUGGAACAGAUCUUCUGCGUUGAUUUGAUUACUUGUGCAUAAAACUGAAAUAAUUAAGGUAUAAAAACUACAUUUGAGCACAAAGACCCUCUCCAAGACUCACUUUAAAGCCCUAAUCAUCUCAGUUGAUAUUAGGCUUUGGUGGAUUUUUAAACACAUUUUCAAUUAAAUUAGCACAAAACUAUUAAGCCACAGUAGGUUUAGAGCUUUUGGGGCCCCUAGAGCUGUCAAGUCCCAGAGCAGUUGCCUUGGUGGUAAUCCACCCUUCCACACACCAGGACCACCUGUCGAGACCAAGACUGGCAAAUAACAGUGUAUGUGUCUCUGCAAAACUAAAAUGUCUUCAGGAAUAAUAGAUUCCAUGUAAUUAUGUUACCACAACACCAAUCUGACUUAAAGUAAUAAAAGCCCAUAAAUACA